GGCCGCCGGCCUUGACGCGGCUGAGGCGCCGCUCGGUGCGCAGCAUGAGGGGCCGGCGGCCGCAGCCGGGAGAGCUGUGUUUGCGAGAGCGGCCCGCGGCGUGAGAAGGCUCGGCUGGACUUCCCUCAGGAGCGGGCGGCGGAGCAGGUCCCGGUGACCCCGGCCGGCAGGGUUCCGAGCUCGGCAACAUGGCUUCCCCGCCCCACCAGCAGCUGCUGCAGCACCACAGCACCGAGGUGAGCUGUGACUCCAGCGGAGACAGCAACAGCGUGCGGGUCAGGAUCAACCCCAAGCAGCCGUCCUCCAACAGCCACCCGAAGCACUGCAAGUACAGCAUCUCCUCCAGCUGCAGCAGCUCCGGGGACUCCGGAGGGGUCCCCCGGAGAAUGGGCGCGGGAGGCCGCCUGCGCAGGAGGAAGAAGCUGCCCCAGCUGUUCGAACGGGCCUCCAGCCGGUGGUGGGACCCCAAGUUUGACUCUGUGAACCUGGAGGAGGCUUGCAUGGAGCGUUGCUUCCCGCAGACCCAGCGCCGCUUCCGGUAUGCGCUCUUCUACAUCGGCUUCGCCUGCCUUCUCUGGAGCAUCUAUUUUGGGGUCCACAUGAAAUCGAAACUGAUUGUCAUGGUAGUCCCUGCUCUGUGCUUCCUCGUGGUGUGUGUGGGCUUUUUUCUGUUUACCUUCACCAAGUUGUACGCCCGCCAUUACGUGUGGACUUCGCUGGUUCUCACCCUCCUGGUAUUCGCCCUGACCCUGGCUGCCCAGUUUCAGGUUUUGAAGCCCCUCUCAGGACGAGUUGACAGCUUCAAUCAUACUCGGGCUGCCAGGCCCACAGACACUUGCUUAUCUCAAGUGGGGAGCUUUUCCAUGUGCAUCGAAGUGCUCUUUUUGCUCUACACCGUCAUGCACUUACCUUUGUACUUGAGCUUGAUUUUGGGAGUGGCCUAUUCUGUUCUUUUUGAGACCUUUGGCUACCAUUUCCAAGAUGAAGCCUGCUUUGCCUCACCUGGAGCGGAGGCCCUGCACUGGGAGCUGCUGAGCCGGGCCCUGCUCCACCUCUGCAUCCACGCCAUAGGGAUCCACCUGUUCAUCAUGUCCCAGGUGAGAUCCAGGAGCACCUUCCUCAAGGUGGGCCAGUCUAUUAUGCACGGAAAGGAUCUGGAAGUGGAAAAGGCCCUGAAAGAGAGGAUGAUUCAUUCUGUGAUGCCAAGAAUCAUAGCUGAUGACUUGAUGAAACAGGGGGAUGAAGAGAGCGAGAAUUCUGUCAAAAGGCACGCCACCUCCAGCCCCAAGAACAGGAAGAAGAAGUCUUCCAUCCAGAAAGCCCCUAUCGCCUUCCGCCCAUUUAAGAUGCAGCAGAUCGAAGAAGUCAGUAUUUUAUUUGCAGAUAUCGUGGGCUUCACCAAGAUGAGUGCCAAUAAGUCUGCCCACGCCCUGGUGGGUCUCCUCAACGAUCUGUUCGGCCGCUUUGACCAGUUGUGUGAGGAGACCAAAUGUGAGAAAAUCAGCACCCUGGGAGACUGCUACUAUUGUGUGGCUGGGUGUCCUGAGCCAAGGGCCGACCAUGCCUACUGCUGCAUCGAGAUGGGGUUGGGCAUGAUAAGAGCCAUUGAGCAGUUCUGCCAAGAGAAGAAAGAGAUGGUGAACAUGCGCGUUGGGGUUCACACGGGGACCGUCCUGUGCGGCAUCUUGGGCAUGAGGAGGUUUAAAUUUGAUGUGUGGUCCAAUGAUGUGAACUUGGCCAAUCUCAUGGAGCAGCUGGGAGUGGCUGGCAAGGUUCACAUUUCCGAGGCCACGGCAAAAUACCUAGAUGACCGGUACGAAAUGGAGGAUGGGAAAGUUACCGAACGCCUUGGCCAGAGUGUUGUUGCUGACCAGUUGAAAGGUUUGAAGACAUACCUGAUAGCGGGUCAGAGAGCGAAGGAGUCUCACUGCAGCUGUUCAGAGGCCUUACUUUCUGGCUUUGAGGUCCUUGACGGCUCGCGGGUGUCCUCAGGCCCUAGGGGACAGGGGACAGCGUCGCCAGGGAGUGUCAGUGACUUGGCGCAGACUGUCAAAACCUUUGAUAACCUUAAGACCUGCCCAUCGUGCGGAAUCACGUUCACUCCCAAGCCAGAAGCUGGUGCAGAAGGUGGAGCGGUCCAGAACGGCUGUCAAGAGGAGCCCAAGAACAGCGCCAAGGCCUCCGGAGGACCCAGCUCCAAAACGCAAAAUGGACUUCUGAGCCCUCCCCCGGAGGAGAAGCUCACCAACAGUCAGACCUCCCUGUGCGAGAUCUUACAGGAGAAGGGCAGGUGGGCAGGCGUGAGCCUGGAUCAGUCGGCUCUCCUGCCGCUGAGGUUCAAGAACAUCCGGGAGAAAACGGACGCCCACUUUGUCGAUGUUAUCAAGGAAGACAGCACCAAGAUCCAGAGCAUGAGGGACCAGGCCGACUGGCUGCUGCGGAACAUCAUCCCCUACCACGUGGCCGAGCAGCUGAAGGUGUCCCAGACCUACUCCAAGAACCAUGACAGCGGAGGCGUCAUCUUCGCCAGCAUCGUCAACUUCAGCGAGUUCUACGAGGAGAACUACGAGGGCGGCAAGGAGUGCUACAGGGUCCUCAACGAGCUGAUCGGGGACUUUGACGAGCUCCUGAGCAAGCCGGACUACAGCAGCAUCGAGAAGAUCAAGACCAUUGGGGCCACGUACAUGGCCGCGUCCGGGCUGAACGCCACGCAGUGCCGCGACGGCAGCCACCCGCAGGAGCACCUGCAGAUCCUCUUCGAGUUCGCCAAGGAGAUGAUGCGUGUGGUGGACGACUUCAACAACAACAUGCUGUGGUUCAACUUCAAGCUCAGGGUGGGCUUCAACCAUGGGCCCCUGACGGCGGGCGUCAUCGGCACCACCAAGCUGCUGUACGACAUCUGGGGGGACACGGUCAACAUCGCCAGCAGGAUGGACACCACGGGGGUGGAGUGCCGCAUCCAGGUCAGCGAGGAGAGCUACCGUGUCCUGAGCAAGAUGGGCUACGAGUUCGACUACCGAGGGACGGUGAACGUCAAGGGCAAAGGCCAGAUGAAGACCUACCUGUACCCCAAGUGCACAGACAGUGGGUUGGUGCCGCAGCACCAGCUGUCCAUCUCGCCCGACAUCCGGGUCCAGGUGGAUGGCAGCAUCGGACGCUCCCCCACAGACGAGAUAGCCAGCCUGGUGCCUUCCGUUCAGAACCCGGACCAGGUGUCCCCGGGUUCUGAGAACAACGCCCAGACCAGGGACGCUCAUCCGUCUGCUAAGAGACCCUGGAAAGAGCCAGUCAGAGCCGAAGAAAGGUGUCGGUUCGGCAAAGCCAUAGAGAAAAGCGACUGUGAAGAAGCAGGGAUGGAGGAAGCCAACGAACUCACGAAGCUCAACGUCUCAGAGAGGGCGUGACGUGGCCCAGCCCGCCCGCGGUGCUCUGUCCGUCCAGGCGCCACUGUCCCCGUCCCCGGACGGCGUGUCGUGUGGUCACUGCAGCCCUAACCUCUGUGUGGAUCACAGUCAUUCAGGGUUCACUUUCAUCCGCCUCCUUCCCCUUCCCCCACUCGGUGUGACCGUCAGAAGUGUGAAGAACAAGUGCCUUCAGGGGCUGGCGCGCCUGGAGUCCAGGGAGGCGCAGCCAGGGUGGCGCUGGAUGAUGGUGGACGUUAAAGCAGAAGCUGUGGUUAAAAUAAGAUUUUUAUUGCUUUUUCUCACGAGACACUUUUUUUUUUUUUUUUUUGCUAAUAUAAUGUUUUUGAGGUUUUUUUUUUCAUGUAUACAUACUAGUGUUUUUUUUCCAGUGACCUGACCUUUCUAUGUAAACACAUACACGCACACACACUUGUAUUCAUGAAUAUGAGAUCAAGUGCCAGUAACUCACUGGGCUGGGUGCUGGGGGUGCAGGCUGAGGACUGCAAGGAGCCAGCAACCCCCUACCCGCACCUUCCAGGGCGAUCGGGCCCUUGGGGGCUGUGGUUGCACCCACUGGCCCCCCACACCCAGCGGCUUUAGGGCUUCCUCCUCAUGCAGGCCAAGAUUCCAAACGCCAACCGGUCUCACAGCUUGUGAACCCAGGCCUCAGGUAUCUAAAAGCCCUUUUCCGUUCUGCCCCUGCCCUGAGGGGUCUUCCAGCUGGAGCAGAGGGGCUCGUCUUUGAAGGUGAUUCGUCCCAGAGGGAAACGCAAAAUAAACAUCCGAGGGUUGCAUUUAUUUAUUUAUUUAUUUAUCAGGAACCGUGUGUGUCUCGGGGAGGGUUGCUGGGCUGUUCUCUCUAACGAAAGGAACUAGGCUUGGAGUGGGGGGUAGGUCACAGUGGAAGGAUGAAGAUGGGGCCAUUAGAGCUCCAGCCACCCUGGGCCGUCUCCCCUGAGGAGGAGGACCCCAGUGGGCAUGGCCCGUGCUCUGGGUCAGGGCACCCUCGGCCACCACUUUGAACGCAAAAGCUCUGCUCCUACCCCUUGCCCAUGGGGUCUGCCCAUGGCAGGAACUGGGUCAGAAUAGCUCGGUGUGAAGCAGGUCUGGGCCGAGCACCAGGGCUGGCAGGCAACGCUUGGCCUCCACUUCGGGGAAGUCUCUCCAGCUUGUCUGUUGUCAGCCUGCGCAGUGCUUGUCUGUGGCGGGAUCGGGCCUGGUGAGUGGACCCCAGUCCUCUUUAGGUGGAGCUCUUACACUGUCAGUAGGGGCAGAAUCGUCUGGAUGUAAAUGAGGCGUCGGAACCUGGGAAAGUACAGAAAACCCAAGGAACUGGCUUCUGUGCCCUUUGUUACUAAUCCCGUAGUCCCCCUUGUAAUUGUUUUGCCACACUGAGUCUGAAGUUUAUGUAGACGUGAACUCAGGCCAGACUUGUCCUGUCACAGUCCCAUGACACCUCUUAAGGUGGCUGCAGCGCAUGCGGUAGGGGAGGGCCAGGUCCUUCUCUGUGUGAGGCCCUCGCCGACGCGCCCUGUGCGUUUUCUCGUCCCCAGCAAAUCUCUGUGUAGCUUUUGCAUCUGCACCAAGUCCCUUUUAUCACUCCUCUUUGCCAAACUCGCACAGAAUCUGCCCUCUCUGGCACCAUCAAGUAUUGGCUUGGAUCAGCCAGCUCCCCAGUGGCGUGCCUGGGCUGGCCCGCAGCAGCGCGGUCAUAAGCCAGCAUCUCCACGUCCGGGGGAUUUGCCUUCGGGUUUCCCUGUCAGGCUGUUGCUCUUCCGAUGCCCGAGAAAGGGUGACUGACAGUACCUCUCGCUUCUAAAGAAUGUAUCCCUAUAAAAUAUCGCAGAAGUUUUAUUUUUUAUUAAAAACACUGCCUGAUGCUCUGCCUGUCCAUCGGGCUUGUGGGCACGUCAGGAGUUCCCUCCAUCAGUAUUAAGGUGUGUGUCAUGUAUGGCCCUCACCCCCUGCCCCCCCACCCCUGGGCUCCAGGCUCUGCAGCUCCCGUGGUGGCCAGGGGCUGCUGGGCCGUUGCUGAAUCCUCUGCUGUUCUGCUCCACAAAGCUCAUUUCUGUACACACUUCCUCCCUUGCAAACUCUUUUUUUUCCUUCCCCUCCUGCAAAGGUUGUUUGUGAUUCCUAGGAAGCCAAGGGGCUGCAGAUACAGGGAUAGCAUGGUGACCCCCACUGGUCCAGUUCAGCAUUGUGCAAAUGGGAUCCUUCAAAGGACAGUUUAAAUUGUCUUUAAAAAACACCCCGAGCCUUCCUAAGCAACCAGUGCAGGUGUUCCCUCUGGGUGUUCCACUGGUGACUCGGGUCCCUCCCAGCUGCUGCUCAGAAGCGUGCCUCAGCGCAGAACCACAGAGUGUCCGCAGGGGCCGCACUGGGCCUCCGACACAGCCGGUUGCUGAAGUCAGACGGGCUUCUGAGCAGCAGGCUCAGGCGCUCCCGAUUGGAUUCGGUGGAGGCAUCCUUCAGAGCGGCAUACCUCCUGUGAACUUAGGGCAGGAAGCAAUACUUCAGAAUUGAAUGUGUGUAAAUAUAGUUGCUUUGAGUUGCAAUCGCUGUUUUCUUCUUGGCCUCAGGUCUGAUCAAAUUCUCCAUGUACAAAUCCAUAUAAACAAGCACACAGAAUUGUAUCCAAUGCAGACAAACGUAGAGCAUCAGUUAUGAAACCCUCACAGAGCCUGGAGGCUCCCCAUGGCUCCAUGACCCUGACCGUGCUGUGGAGACGCCCGCACAUUUGCACUUGACACUGAGAGCCAAAGGGCCGCGUGCUUCCCGUUAUGUGGGCUGUCGUGAUUUGUAGUUUCCAAAGGUCUGUCCACGUUUGCAUUUCUAGGUUUUCGAGGUAAGCACUUUUUGGUGGUUUUGGAAAAUCACAUCAUGCCUAGAAUCUGAAAUUAAAUUCUUGAGAACCAACUGUUUGAGUUCUCCAUCUUUCCUUUGCUCUACCCUUUUUAAAUUGUUAGUCCUGAUAAUUUCAAAAUGCACCCCACCCCCCACCGCCCCAAAAAAUGAACAUUAAACUACUCUAAAAUCUCAA